CGGACGCGUUGCUUUUGUUUACGAUGUGAAGUAACCAAUCGUAAUCAAAAUACUUAUUUAUGACAUUGGCUUCUUAAUCAGGAAAUAAUACAUUCUGGUAUGGGUCAGACUUUGUCUGAACCAGUGACAUCGAAGGAAACUUCUAGUUGUCAAAACAACUUUGUGAAGGUUGGGUCAUCAUGUAUGCAAGGAUGGCGAAUAACUAUGGAAGAUGCGCAUAUACAUCUGCUGUCUCUCCCAAAUGACAAGGAUACCUGUUUUUUUGGUGUAUUUGAUGGCCAUGGAGGGUCAAAGGUUGCACAGUAUGCCGGGGAGCAUCUUUAUAAGAAAGUUAUAACAAGACCAGAGUAUUCUGAAGGGAGGAUAGCUGACGCACUUAAAUAUGGAUUUCUUGAUUUAGAUGAGGAGAUGCUUAAAGACAAUGAUAUGAAAGAUGAGCUUGCUGGAACAACAGCCAAUGUAGUGUUACUUAAAGGAAACAGAAUCUUCUGUGGAAAUGUUGGUGAUUCUCGCUGUGUAGCCAGUGUGAGGGGCCAAGUGGAACAAUUGUCUUUUGAUCACAAGCCAGGAAAUGAGACAGAGACCAAAAGAAUUAUUUCUGCUGGAGGAUGGGUGGAAUUCAAUAGAGUCAAUGGAAACUUGGCUUUAUCGAGGGCAUUAGGGGACUUUGUCUUUAAGAAAAAUGAUAAGAAGGACCCUAGAGAACAAAUUGUGACAGCAUAUCCUGAUGUACUGGAGAAACAGAUCACACCAGAUCACGAGUUUAUGGUUAUUGCUUGUGAUGGAAUUUGGGACGUUUUAACAAACCAAGAAGUUGUGGACUUUGUGAGAGCCAGGAUUGCCCACGGCAUGGAACCAUGCACUAUAUGUGAGGAGCUAAUGAUGAGAUGCCUGGCUCCAGACUGUCAGAUGGGCGGACUGGGUUGUGAUAACAUGACUGUUAUAUUAGUGUGUUUUUUACUGGGAGGAAGCUACGAUGAUCUCACCCGCAAAUGUUCACGAGGAGGUGGCCAGAGGCUAGGUCAUUAUUAAUCACUGACACAAGAUGGCGGCCGCGUCAUCCGUCGUCUUGUAAAGUAACACUCUAUCCACCAAUGAGAAUCCACAAUGCCAGACCCUUGGGGGUUCAGUUGGGAGGAAACCCCAGGAUUAUAUUCCCAUUUUUUGUUUGUGAUGAGAGGUUGACUUCUGUGUUAAUCAAGAAUAGAGUUUAGUUAAAGUUGACUAUUGUUAUGAAAUUUUAAUAUAUACAUGUAUAUGACUAAAUGAUAUGUGUAUUUAUUAAUAAUAAGUGUGUUCGUAUGUGUGUGUGUGUGUGUGUGUUUGUGUUUGUUCAUGUAAUGAUGUGAAGAGAAUUUUCUAUGUUUCCAAUAAUUGCUUCUACAAAUUUUAACAAUUUACCAAUAACUUUUGGUAUUUUAUACAUGUACAUACCGAUUAAAGACAUGUACAUCUGAUUUUGAAACAUUCAGGUUUCCAGAAUAUGUGAAAAGAGCUGGCAGCUUUAUUUUCUAUUCAAGACUCCAUAGAGUGUACAUGGACAUAUAUGUCUGCAAAGAAAUAUGAAAUGAAACUACAUGUACCCGGAUUACAAGGCAUAAUGCAAAACACCUGUGAUUAUUUUUAUUUUUUGUCUUUUUUUUAUUAUAUUAAUUAUUUUUUCUGAAUCCAUAUUUAUAUUUAUAUAUUGAAAUUGAUAUAUAAAUACAGAGCGAUAUCUUUCGUUGUUAACCACUGCAUCUUGCAUCUAAAAUUGCAUUGGUCUAGUCUCGCUCGAUCUAGAUGUAGCAGUAUUAGUUUAUUUGUUAUCUGUGAUAGAUUUUAAAUUAUCAGAUUUUUUUUCGUUUGCUUAGAGCUCUGUAUUGGGUAUUCAAACUGGAGAAGUAUAAGUACACUUUAUAUACAUAUACGAAUUACUUACAGUAAAUGCAUCUAUAAAUACAAGAUAUUCAGUAAUUUAUUAAAAGGAUUUUACUUUCAUAAUUUGCAAUUGUUAUUGACUUCUUCAAAGCAGAAACUGGGCCAAACUUGAAAUCAAGAAAUACUGGUACUUCACAAAGAAAUUUUUGGAAAUUUCAUUCAAAUUAUAGCAUGAUUCAUUUAUUCUUAUUUCUUUAAAAUUGACAACUCGAUUUUAUUAAUCCAAGAUCAAUUUUUGGGCUAUAGUGUAUGUAUAAAACGUCUAGAUAAGGAAAAAUACAUUACUGUAGUUUCCUUAUUUUAUGGAAAGUACCGGUACUUACAUCCAUGAUUCACAAGAAUGUAAAAUUGCAAGCACCAAACUUUUUUAUAAUUUUGGAUAGUUCACAACUGUCGGAUAAAUACUGGUAAUAGCUACACCUUUAAAUUUGCAAGGGGUGCUUCUUGCGAUUUUUACCUCCAUGAAUACUGAUUACUUGUGUUAAAUCAGGAAUCUACAGUACACAGAAAAGAAACAUUUGAUGACUUUAUAAUGACAAACAAAUAGAAUAAAGUAAACUGUGAUUAAUGCAUAUUGUAUCCACAAGUCCUGUGAAACAUUUGUCUGUGUACAUGGUGUUUGAUGAAUGUUUUGUGCAAUUAUUUUACAUGUUUGUUUAGUCCUACCUGUUUUCUGCAUAGCAAUCAUAUGCACAUAUAUAUCUUGUAACUGUUUGACAAAUACCUUAUUUUAUACCAUGGUUAACUUUUAUAAACUUGAUUGCCAAACUUUCAACCAAUUU